GAUCGAUAUCUUGUGAUAGUACGAGUGCAAUCGGGAGUUUACAGUAACGUUGGAAGGCUUUCGGACCCAGUGUCUUGCAAGUGUCCGUUCGCAGCGCAUCGCAAUCAUGAAACAUACCACCGUGUACUCCCUAUUGGCGCUAGCCCUUCUGCUCGCCACCACCGUCAGCGGCCAGCGGUACACGCUUGCCGAACAAGAGGAAGGCUACGAACCUUUCCUACCGUUCAUUGCCGGCGGCACCAACGCCGUCAAUGGACAGUUUCCCUCGAUCGUUGCCGUGGGGCUGCCAGCCCCACCGAACAACGCCUUCUGCGGUGGCGUCAUCCUGAACGAGAACCACGUGCUUACCGCCGCUCGCUGCGUACUUACGCCCCAGAACACGCUGCUCUUCGCGAACCAGCUCAACAUCCUGUCCGGUAUGCUGCAGCUGAACUUCGGCGCACCGCGCAUCGGCAUCACUGCCGUGUACGUCCACCCGCAGUACAAUCCGUUCACGUUCGAGCACAACAUUGCGGUGCUGCGCACGAGCUCCAACUUCUUCUUCCCGGUCGUGCCGGUGCCGAACGUGGACUUUGCCCAGUUCUACGAGGAGAUCGCAUUCGACGGCCAACCGUGCCAGGUGGUGGGCUGGAACAACGGAACGGCCACACCGGUGCAGCAGUUCAUCAACGCUCCCAUCCUGAACCGUGACACGUGCAAUGGGCUGGCGGUGCAUUUGGGCAACAUUCGCGAGUCGAUGGUGUGUGCCGGGGCGACGAAUGCGGGACCGGGCGUUUGUGCCAGCAAUCUCGGUACGGGACUGUUCUGCGAGGGUCGUCUCGCCGGCAUUCUGUCGACGGGGCUGGGCUGCGGACAGGCGAACAAUCCGGGCGUGUACACGCAGAUCCGGUACUAUCUGCCCUGGAUUCGGGAGCAGUUCUCGCGGCAGGAUAUUCCGCUCGGGGGUACUUCGCCGAUUCCGGUGAUGUAAGUGUUUGUGAUUUUGGAAAGCAUUUUGGAGAAUAAAGCGAAAGAGUUUAAACUGUAAA